AUGGGCUCGGAAAGAGAUAACGAAUCACAUGCUGAGCCCCUCUCAGAGCAUGAGAGGCAUAUCCUUAGCGCCUAUGGGAAAGUCCCCGGCGGACACAAACUCGGGCAACAGAAACGUGUCAAUUUUGACUCUGGAGACUUUGCUCUUUUAGCGGCAAAAAAAGUAACUGAUGAAGGUGCUAUACAAACUGGCACCAGUCGUCCUGUUCGCGAAAGCAUUUCGCAUCCAUACGCGCCAGCACCUACCACUAGUAACAUUUCAGAUGAUGAAAGCCAGAGAUUGGACGUCAACCAAAGCCAUAGCCCAAAAAUAGCGGAUUUUCCUCUCUUCCAAGUCACCGAAAAUAGGGACGGCAAAGGCAGCGACAUGUGA